UGGAAUCGAGCUAAAAUGGGUACGACGAGCCGACUGACAGGAAGUGGCGGGUGAAUUCGUCCACACCUUUUCCGGUUUUUCAUUCGGCGCUUGAGAGGAAGCUGCCUGUCGGGGCGAACACAGGACCAAAGCCUAUUAUAGAAUGACGAGCUUCUACAGAGGGCCGGCGGGAGGAAUUCACACACAGGACGUUUAAGAGCUGCCCCGAUGACAGCAGGAAAAAAAUAAAGCUACCUCGACGGACCAUUGAAAUCUUUCUGUACUUCUAGCUGAGAAAAGACGGAAAAAAGAAGCCGCGCGUUGUUCAGACGCGAAGAGGAAGUGAAAAAAGCAAAGUGAAGACUGUUCCAGGCCUCAGCCGGGUUUCUGACAGCUCCAAUACCAUGUCUAAGGCUGCUUUAACUUCUUAAUGACCUUAAAUGUGAGACUGGGUUUCAGUUAUUACACGUAUAGACGUUUCAUUCCCAAUUUAAACAACUGUGCUGUUUAAUUAAACGCUUCACUUUAUCCAAGGAGACGCUAUAACAUUAUUCUCACUCACAUCUUACUGCUGCUAGUUGUGAUUAUGAGCCGUGUGACAGAUUUACAUCCUUUUACUCACUAGUUCACAUCCUGUUCAUGAAUUGCUGAAGAUUCUUUUAACUUAACGCCUUUACAAACUACUCCUCUGGGAGUCGACUCAUGGUUCAUGUUGAUUGACCAACCAGCAUACUCCCAAAUCGACUGGUCCUACUUGACAAAGUUUACCCAGCAACGAUUCUAUUACACUUUCAGGUAACAUUUGCCUGUUGAACAGGUUUAUUUUUUUUUUAUUAGGGUGAAGGAAAUAUUUAUGAACUAUUUAAAAGAUGGGGAAGAUGCUGUCGAAGAUAUUUGGUAACAAGGAGAUGAGGAUAUUGAUGUUGGGCUUGGAUGCAGCAGGCAAAACUACCAUCCUUUACAAACUAAAACUGGGCCAAUCGGUGACCACGAUUCCUACGGUGGGCUUCAACGUGGAGACCGUGACCUACAAGAACGUCAAGUUCAACGUGUGGGAUGUGGGAGGCCAGGACAAGAUCCGCCCACUGUGGCGCCACUACUAUACAGGCACGCAAGGCUUAAUCUUUGUGGUGGAUUGCGCAGACAGGGAUCGUAUUGACGAGGCCCGACAGGAGCUGCACCGCAUCAUCAACGACCGUGAGAUGCGGGACGCCAUUAUCCUGAUUUUCGCCAACAAGCAGGAUCUGCCUGAUGCCAUGAAGCCACACGAGAUCCAGGAGAAACUUGGACUCACACGCAUCAGAGACCGCAACUGGUACGUGCAGCCUUCUUGCGCUACCACAGGUGAUGGACUGUAUGAAGGCCUGACGUGGCUCACCUCUAAUUACAAAUCUUAAUGACCGCUUGCUUUGGCCUGGACUAUUUUAGUUAAGAAGGAAAACAAAUCCCAAGGAAUAAACUUAACAACAGUUACUUCAGUAUGCGCAAAAAGUUUGAAUUAUAUUUCCAUUUAUUUUUUUGAUUGUUGAAAUGACCCCUUAACUAAUAAUUUAUAUCUUUGAAUGAGAUUUGGUUUGCUUGCUUUGUAGCUUUCUGUGUUUUGUGGCCUGUUGGCCACCUUCCUUACUUAACUGUUGUUUAAAGCAUUUCUGAUUUCUUUUUCUUAAUGCAGAAUCUAUAUUUUUUCCCUAAUGAUGUAGGGCUUUCUAUUUCUGGUUCUUAUUUUCUUUUUGACUUUAUUUUUGGUUAAAGCUUAUUCUUUUUGGAACCCUUCUGUCUGUCGUCUGUGUUUUUGGAGUCUGUGUGACAAAAAUGAAGGUCUGUCUCAUACAAAUUGUCCUUGGAUGUGGUGUAUUAAGACAGCUUAUUAAUAAGCAAGAUGUUUCAGACCAUUUGUAGGACAGUCUUACUGACAAAAUUGUAACAGAUUUAAUAGCCCAUUGUGUCAACGGUUAAACUUUACCAUUUUCAUGAUGUCCCUGGCAUCACAUGAUGGUUAAACUGUAAAUGACCCCAUGAAACACUUAUUAUAUGCAAGUCUAUGAUAUUUACUCUGGAAGGAGCACAUGACAUUCAUAAACUGUUUGGAAAAAAACAACAAUAAUAUGUAAAUCACGCUGUCACAUGGUUCAAAAUUGAACCCUGGGGUUUCUUUAUUACCAUGUAGCCCAAAAGUCAAGUAAGGCAACUGAAUAUGUUUUAUUUUGUAAUCCAUUAGGUCCCUUUUGUUCCGCUUAGGCUAAUUUCAGUCAACCAGUAUGUCAGUCGAAGUCAUGUGUCUUCACAGUGUGGGAUUGUUACCUUCUUGCAUUUCCACCUUAGUGCUUGCAUCAGAGUGAACUUGACAUAGAAAUGGGGAAACUUUCACAUGACUCAUUUUCUCUCAUUGCUUUACUCAUUUCAAAAACCAUUGUAUAGAGACUGAUUGUAAUUGUAACAUCCAAUUAAACUUAGACAUUUUAAAGAUUUUA